CACUCUGUGUCCCUGCCUGCCCCCCAAGAAAAAAGUUCUAGACCCACCCCUGGUAGCCAGGCCCCAUUAGUGUUGGCCCUCUGUCCAUGGUUGAUUUCCAUAUCAAACUUCCUCCCAGAGGRAGGGAAGGAUGAGACAAAUAAAUUAGUCAUUCCACAGAGUUUAGACAGAACGCUGGUAAAACUCACCAGCUUCAUGUCUAUGACUAUUUCUAAUGAUGCAYGACAGGCGCAAUGAAACUGAACUUUGCUUUCCACAACUGUCAAACUUAUCCUGCAAAAAGACCAUGCGUCCCUCCUCAACUUCCAUGCUUAUUUUUAUUACACUGUCUUUCAUCUCUCUACUCACUGUGACUCUUAACAUGCUGGUCAUCAUCUCCAUUUCCCAUUUCAAGUAAUUUAACUUUUUCUUGUAUUUUUUUUUUUUUGCCUUCGUUAAGCUUUCUCUGACAAUUAACAGAUUUUAAAAAUACUAAUAAAUGUAUUGCUUUUCUACUCCAGGCAGCUCCACACCCCAACCAACCUCCUUCUCCUUUCUCUGGCUGUCUCAGAUUUUUUUGUCGGCUUUCUUGUAAUCUUUCAGAUUCUUCUCAUUGAUGGCUGCUGGUAUCUGGGUGACCUCAUGUGUAUUCUGUAUAAUAUUUUGGAUUAUAUUAUUACAUCUGCCUCAGUAGAAACCAUGGUGCUUAUAUCAAUUGACUGUUAUGUGGCCAUAUGCGACCCUUUCCAGUACCCUAUCAAAAUCACUCAAAAAAGAGUUUGUAUCUGUGUUGCAGGGUGUUGGAUCUUCUCCUUCCUCUUUGUUUUUAUAGUAAUGAAAGAAAACCUGAAACAACCAGGUAGGUUUAACUCUUGCUUAGGAGAAUGUGUUGUUGCUUUUGAUAAAAUUGCUGGACUUGUAGAUAUUUUGUUCUUCUUCAUUGGUCCUGUUACCAUCAUUGUGGUCCUGUAUGUGCGAGUGUUUGUGGUGGCUGUGUAUCAGGUUCGUUAUAUGCAUUUUCAUGUAACAGCACUUCAGGGUUCAGUGAGUGUAAGGGCUAAGAAAUCUGAACUGAAAUCAGCCAGGACUCUGGGAGCUCUUGGAGUUGCAUUUUUAAUAUGUCUCUGCCCAUAUUUUUGUUUAACAUUUACAGAUCAGGAGACAACAUUUAGUGCAUCAUCUUUUGCUUUUGUUAUGUUUUAUUUUAACUCCUGCCUGAACCCGCUGAUCUAUGCUCUGUUUUACCCAUGGUUUAGGAAGUCAGUGAAACUUAUUUUUACAUUUCACAUAUUAAAGACUGGCUCCUCUGAUGCCAACAUAGCAUGAGAAGAGUGAGACCUUUCACAUUAAGUCAGAAUUUUUGAAAAGUCAACAUGUUUCUGCUGUUCAUUUUAAUUUCUCAGUCAUUUCUUUUUUCUUUUUGCACUAGAUCCAACAACAAGACCCACAAACGUUUUAAAGGAAAUGUAAGUGAUUGGAUAAAUGCCUUGUUUUUAGAAACAAGUCUAGAAGAGAGCAAGAAAGUUUAGAAAAAGUUUGAAAUAACAAACCUGCUUAUGCAUGGGACACUGAGUUUAAAAUAAAAUGUUUAAAAAAAGUCCCAAACACCUUUACAUUGUUUGGCCCACUUUCUUAGUGUAAAAAGAAGUGUUUCCUAGUGAAAAAAAAAUCCAGUUGCAUUUUGUCAUUUAGCUCACUGCAGGGUUUCCUCUACAUCAGAGAUUCUUAUCCUAUGGGCCGUGACCCAAUUGUAGGCCGUGAGCGCCACCUUGAGGGCCUCAAAAGAACAACAGUUUUUAACUU